AUCCGUCCGACACAAGGGACGAUUCAUCUCCUUGGGAACGCCAAGAUGUGCUCUCCUAACCUGCUUCAGCUUCUUUGAAGAAGACGAUAUGGCAAUGGCGGAGUUUUCCGAUUAGGGUUUCUCUCUGUGCACCACCGGAAUUAAAGAUUCUCUACAGUUUUUGGUUAUGUUUUCCUCAAUCCCUUGGUGAACUACUGGGGUUCGGUAUUUCCCGUAUUUAUCACCGAGAAUCGGCUCUCCGAACUCGGAGCCAUGUUCCGAGCUCUGAGGCUUUCUCCAUUGCGAUUUCUCGUGGACUCGCCCUCCAAAUCAAUUCCAAACAAAAAUGGAACGAGAACAAGCAACUAUGAUAACUGGGUCGGAUGUUCUUGUUCUGUAACCACAUUGACGGGUACGUCGGAUGAACUGAUUUUGAAAUCCAUGUUCAUUAGUGUUCUCAAUGUAGGUAAUGAAUUAGUUGGGCAUCGAGAUGAGUCGAGUACCAUGAUUUUGCAGAGGCAGAUUGUUGGUGCUCUUUGUUCGGGAGAAAGGCACAUAGCUUCAAGUCUGCUUGUAAAGUUAAUGAACGAGAAUUAUCCGCUUGAAGCCAAUGACUUUUUGCAUAUUCUAAGGUAUUGUGCACGGUCUCCAGAUCCUGUGUUUGUCAUGGAGACUUACAGUGCCAUGAGUGAGAGAGAGAUCAGUAUGGACACCAAAUCUUUGUUGUUCAUUGUAAUUGCCCUUUGUAAUGGUGGAUAUUUUGAUCAGGCUUCAGAUUUGAUCAACUUUGCUGGAGAAAGUGGUAGUGUGUCUCCUGUUCUGCCUUUAUAUAACUAUGUUCUUCGAGCCUGUGCAAAAACCAAAAAUCUAUUGCAUGCAAGUAAAUGUUUGGACUUGAUGGAUCGCCAGAGAGUUGGGAGGAAUGAAACCACAUACUCAGAGCUUCUCAAGCUUGCCGUUCUACAGCGAAAUCUAUCAGCUGUUCAGGAGUUCUGGAAAGAGUACACUAAACACUAUAGUCUGAAUAUAUUUUGUCUCAGAAAGUUCAUAUGGUCCUUCAGAAGGUUGGGGGACUUGAAAUCAGCAUAUGGAGCAUUGCAACAAAUGGUGGAUCUAGCUAUUAGGGGAAAGCAUUCUCUUGAAUCAAAUACUAAAGGGAGAUUGUGUACCUCAAGACUGGAUAUUCCUAUACCUUUAUGUGGUGAAACAGGGCUACAGGAAGUUGGCUUUCACGAACAUCCUGUUGCCACGAUGGUGGAUGCUUAUGGGAAUGAUGCAGUGAUGUGCAAAUUGCCUGAUAGACACAGCAGAGAAGUUGAGUGUUCUAGCGUAGGUUUGCAAAAAGUUUUGAGAAGCACCCUGUUGUGGUCAUUCAAUGAUGUGAUUCAUGCAUGUGGACAAGCUAAAAAUUCUGAACUUGCAGAGCAGUUAAUGUUACAGAUGCAAAAUCUCGGCUUGCAACCAUCAAGCUACACAUAUGAUGGCUUUGUUAGAGCAGUUGUGUCUCAGGAAGGAUAUAGAAAAGGCAUGGCUCAGUUGAAACUAAUGCAGCUGCAGAAUCUGAAACCAUAUGUUUCAACUCUUGCAACCGUUUCAGCUCAUUGCAGUAAAGCCUUACGAGUGGAUUUGGCUGAAUUUCUGCUGGAUCAAGUUUCUGAACCAUGUUAUGCAUACCCCUUUAACAAUCUUCUUGCUGCGUGUGACACCUUGGAUCAACCAGAACGCGCUCUUCGAGUUUUGGCUAAAAUGAAGCAGUUAAAAGUGCAUCCAGAUAUCAGGACCUACGAACUGCUCUUUUCACUGUUCGGUAAUGUGAAUGCACCAUAUGAAAAAGGCAAUCUUUUGUCCCAAGCAGAAUGUGCUAAAAGGAUAAGGGCUAUUGAAAUGGAUAUGGCAAGAAACGGCUUUCAGCACAGUCUUUUCUCGAUAUGGAAUUUGUUGAAAGCAUUCGGAGCUGAAGGGAUGGUGAGAGAAAUGAUCCUAUACUUGCAAAGGGCCGAGUUCCUUUUUAGUGACAGGGAUAUGUAUCUAGGAACCUCUAUAUACAAUACAGUGCUCCAUUCACUCGUUGAGGCACAGGAAUGUAACUUGGCGAUUGAAAUAUUCAAAAGCAUGAAAUCACGUGGAUUCCCUCUCGAUUCUGUCACGUAUUGUAUCAUGAUUGAUUGUUGCAGCUAUAUUCAUUCUUAUAGAUCAGCUCGUGGGCUGGUUUCAAUGAUGAUUCGUGACGGGUUUAGCCCUGAGACAGUCACUUUUACUGCUCUCAUGAAGAUACUGUUGGAUGAUGGGAAUUUUGAGGAGGCGCUUAAUCUUUUGGACCAAGCAGCAUCUGAAGGGAUUAAUACUGAUGUCUUGACAUAUAAUACCAUUCUCCAGAAAGCAUGUGAGAAGGGAAUGAUCGGUGUGAUCGAGUAUGUAGUCGAGAGAAUGCAUCAAGAGAGAGUCAAACCAGAUCCAACGACAUGCCAAUUCGUCUUCACUGCUUAUGUGAAACGAGGGUUUUACAUGACAGCAUUAGAAGCACUGAACAUUAUGAGCCUAAGAAUGCUCAGCAAAGAAGACAACGAGAGCCUUGAAGAUAAGAGAACGGAACUGGAGGAGGAUUUCAUCCUGUCUGAAGACCCUGAAGCCGAAGAAAAAAUAGUUCAGUUGUUCAAGAACUCCGAGGAACAUCUUGCCGCAAUGGUUCUUAACCUAAGAUGGUGUGCAAUCCUCGGGUCACAGGUAUUAUGGUCAGAAGAUCAAAGCUCAUGGUCCAGACGACUUUCCAACAUGUACGGCGUAUGAACUGCGAUUUUCCCGGCACCAGAUUCAUCAUCUACGCCUCCGCCCAAGCAGCGGAUAAUCUACUGAAAGGAUUUGAGGUGAAUUAUUUGUCUCUGUGGCUGAUCUUAUGAGCUUUCAUUGAAUUUGGAACAGUAAAAAAAGAGAGUCUAAUCUGAUUGUUGAUAGCCUUAGAAGAAGUUCUGUUCUCUGCAACAAGAGAAGAGUAGUCUCUUUCUUGUACUCUUUACUUCAGUUUUGUUUCUUCACAUCAUUAGAUGCAAAAGGAUUCUUUUGUUCUUGUC